AAAGAUGGCGGCCGGGUUCAAAACUGUGGAACCUCUGGAAUAUUACAGGAGAUUUUUGAAAGAGAACUGUCGUCCUGAUGGGAGAGAACUUGGUGAAUUUAGAACCACAACAGUCAACAUAGGUUCUAUUAGCACUGCAGAUGGUUCUGCUCUAGUGAAGUUGGGAAAUACUACAGUAAUUUGUGGAAUUAAAGCGGAAUUUGCAGCACCACCAACAGAUACCCCUGAUAAAGGAUAUGUUGUGCCUAAUGUCGAUCUGCCACCUCUGUGUUCAUCAAGAUUUCGAUCAGGACCUCCUGGCGAAGAGGCCCAAGUUGCUAGCCAGUUUGUUGCAGAUGUCAUUGAAAAUUCACAGAUAAUUCAGAAAGAGGAUUUGUGCAUUUCUCCAGGGAAGCUUGCAUGGGUCCUAUACUGUGAUCUCAUCUGCCUCGAUUAUGAUGGAAACAUUUUAGAUGCCUGCACAUUUGCUUUGUUAGCAGCUUUGAAAAAUGUACAGCUGCCUGAAGUUACUAUAAAUGAAGAAACUGCCUUAGCAGAAGUUAAUUUAAAGAAGAAAAGGUUUUUGAAUAUUAAAAGUCAUCCAAUUGCAACUUCUUUUGCUGUAUUUGAUGACACUCUGCUGAUAGUUGAUCCGACUGGAGAGGAGGAACAUCUGGCAACUGGAACCUUGACAGUAGUAAUGGAUGAGGAAGGCAAACUAUGCUGUCUUCAUAAGCCAGGUGGAAGUGGGCUGACUGGAGCUAAACUUCAGGACUGUAUGAGCAGAGCAGUUACAAGACACAAAGAAGUAAAAAAACUGAUGGAUGAAGUAAUUAAGAGUAUGAAAGCCAAAUAACUACAUACACAUUUCCAAAACAGAUUUGUAAAAAUUGUAUUUGUUACAGUGAACAACUUUUUAUACUAAAUAAAUAUCAAACUACAAUCUUUUGAAAGA